AUGACCAAGAUUGCAACCGUCGUGGGGGCGACUGGUAACCAGGGAGCAGCCGUUAUCGCUGCCUUGAAGCAACAUGGAGGUUAUAAAAUCCGCGAAGUUGGGCGACGACCCGAAAGUAAUUCUGCCAAAGCUCUCCGGAAACAAGGCGUAGAGAUCGUAGAGGCGGAUAUGAGUCACUAUGCGUCCCUCGUCUCCGCCUUUGUCGGAUCUCAUUUUAUUUUCAGUGUAACAGAUUUCUUUGAACUUCUUGUAGCAAACAAAGGCGCGAACAAAGCAAUGGAUAUUAAGGUGCAACAGGGCAAGAAUUUGGCAAAUGCUGGAGAGGCAACACCAACUCUAGAGCACUAUAUCUGGAGCGAUCUCACCGGAGCACUCACCAAAAGUGGAGGUAAAAUGAAGGUACCACCACACUACGAUAGCAAGGACAUUACAACCUUCAUGCUGAUUGGAUGGUAUUCCAUGAACUUUACUUUCCCGUCCUUUAAACCAACCCUGCUGGAGUGUGCUGGGAGGUAUGUUCUUAUUGGAGAUUUUGUUCCUUCAAAAUUCAAUUAUCUAACGAUUGGGGACAUUCGGAAGAAUCUUGUGCCUUUUGUCAAAGCCGUGCUAGCUAAAGCCGAGAUGAAAAAUGGGGUAAUGGUGGUUGCGUUGAUUGGGACAUUCAACGUCCAGGAUAUGCUGCAAAGACUAGCUUACAUACGCGGUAAGGAAUUCCAUUUUAUUAAAAUAGACAGCGGCACAUACUAUAAGUUGUUCCCUUUGUGGGCAGAAAAAGGAGGUCUCAUGAUGCAGUACAUGCAAGCGAUGGGAGACUAA